AUGAACAAGCUCGUCGCCACUGAUAGAUAUUUUCAACAACACCUUGAUGCAGCUGGCCGUCUUGGUAUGUCUCCAAUUCAAAAAUGUACUGCAGCCAUGAGGGUGUUGGCAUAUGGCACUUCAGCCGAUUUGCAUGACGAAUACUUACGAAUGAGCGCCCAAGUCAUUCGUAAAUCAGUCAUCAAAUUUGUUGAAGGUUCAAGAAAUGAUAUUAAUGUACUUGAUCAAUCGCCUGUUUUUGAUGAUAUCUUGGAAGGUCGAGCACCUAAGGUCAAUUAUAUCGUUAAUGGUCGCGAAAGGAAUAUAGGAUAUUAUCUCACUGAUGGCAUAUAUCCUCAAUGGGCGGCAUUUAUCAAAUCUAUUCCUGCUCCACAACUUCGAAAGCAUCAGUUGUUUGCUCAACAUCAAGAGGCUGCACGAAAAGAUGUUGAGCGAGCAUUUGGAGUUUUACAAGCGCGUUUUGCUUUUAUCAAGCGGCCAUGUCUUAUUUGGGAUCGUGAUAUUAUGGGAAAAAUAAUGAUUGCUUGCAUCAUCAUGCAUAAUAUGAUAAUGGAAGAUGAAAGAAGCAAUUACCUUAACUAUCAUGAUCCUACAGAAUUCAUCGAAGAUCGACUAAGACAGAAUACUCGUCGAAGUGAAGAUGGAGAGGAAACUAAUGAUUUCAUGCACUCUACAAAUAGGAUUGCAAGCCUAGCGAGCUAUAUGAGAACUAGGUCCCAACUUCGCAAUAGAGAAGAUCACAGCUCUCUAUUACAUGACUUGAUUGAGCAUAUAUGGCAAAAGUUUGGAGAUGAUAAUUAA